AAAAUAUCCAAAAGAUUUUGGACCCACACCUUCCUCCUCCUUGGAUUUCGGCCCAUUUUUUUCGAGACUCCUAGUCAUUGAAACCCUCUAGGCUCAAAUUCAAUCCUACAUCCUCCGCAGAUCUCGCAAACCCAGAGCGGACAAAGAGAAAGACAGACAGAUCAUUGCAAACCAGCUAAUUUACCGCCCCAUCCCCUCCCUUUCCCCCCAAGCAAAUUUUUUCUUUUUUCUUUUUUCUUUUUUUCUUUUUUUUUUUUAGGGUUUAUGCCAUUCUCCCCGAUCGUCCCUCUCGCUCAAUGCGAGUUCGUUUGAGCUAAUGUGGGUGUAAUUCCCCAUCUCCGACCCAUUUCCCCAUCUGGGUCGACCAGGGAUUUGAUUCAUGUUGGCGGAUUUCUUCAGCUAAUGGGUUGCAUUUCAUCGAAGCAGGCGGUAUCGGCGACGCCUGCUUAUGAUUAUACCGGGGUGGCUACGAACCAUGGGUCGGGGAUUUUGGUUUCCUCAUUGCAAACCCCUGCUGGGUUUGGGGAUUUGGAGAGGGGGGAUGAGGGAUCGGAGGAACGAAGCCGCGAAUUGGCCAAGUUGAGGAAGGGGAGCUCCAAUGCGAGGAGCUCUUUGAGCUUGAGAUUAGGGAAUUUGAACAAGUAUGUGGAAGCAGAGCAAGUCGCCGCCGGGUGGCCUGCCUGGCUCAGUGCUGCUGCGGGCGAAGCCAUUCAAGGAUGGGUGCCCCUUCGAGCGGAUUCUUUUGAGAAGUUAGAGAAGAUUGGGCAGGGCACCUACAGCAGUGUGUACCGUGCACGUGAUGUUGAAACUGGGAGGAUGGUUGCCUUGAAGAAGGUUCGCUUUGACAAUUUCCAACCAGAGAGUGUAAGGUUUAUGUCACGUGAAAUCAAGAUUCUCCGCAGGCUUGACCAUCCAAACAUUAUGAAAUUGGAGGGAAUAAUUACUUCUCGAUUAUCAUGCAGCAUAUACCUUGUAUUUGACUAUAUGGAGCAUGAUCUCUCUGGAUUAUUAUCUUGUCCUGACAUCAAGUUCAGUGACGCACAGGUUAAGUGCUAUAUGAAGCAGCUAUUAUCUGGAAUUGAGCACUGCCAUUCACUUGGCAUUAUGCAUCGAGACAUCAAAGUAUCCAAUAUUUUGGUAAACAAUGAAGGAAUUUUGAAGGUGGCUGAUUUUGGAUUGGCUAAUGUCUUUAGUUCAAGGCAUAGGCAACCACUAACUAGUCGUGUGGUGACUCUAUGGUAUCGUCCUCCUGAACUCAUACUCGGCGCUACAAAUUACGGAACGUCUGUGGAUUUGUGGAGUGUGGGCUGUGUAUUUGCAGAACUUCUCUUUGGGAAACCUAUACUUAAGGGGAGAACUGAGGUUGAACAAUUACACAAGAUCUUCAAGCUCUGUGGUUCACCAUCCGAAGAUUAUUGGAGAAAGUCUAAACUUCCUCAUGCAACUAUGUUCAAACCACAGCGUCCUUACGAAAGUUCACUUCGAGAGAGAUGUAAAGAAUUUCCAACAGCUGCUGUAAACUUGAUAGAGACUUUUCUUUCCAUAGAACCUUACAAACGUGGAACUGCCUCCUCUGCCCUUCAGUCUGAGUAUUUCAGGACUGAGCCUUACGCAUGCGAGCCAUCAAGCUUGCCAAAGUACCCACCUAAUAAAGAAAUUGACACAAAAAGUCGUGAAGAAGCACAAAGGAAAAAGACUGGGUUUAGAAAAGAGCCUGUAGCAUUGAAAAAACCAAGAAGAGGACGUAAAGCUUUGCAGGAACCGAACACAGUUAGCAGAUUACCAACAAGAAAGGAUCUGCAAGCCAACACAAAAUUUGCUCGUCGAAACAAUGGCAGCAAUUCUCAUGUUCCAAAGGGAAAGGAAGGGGCUCAGUUCAGGGACUUAAUGAAGUCAUCAUUUGAUACUGCAUCAGAGGUUUCCCAUUUGACAAAUGCAUCACAGGAAGACAUUGUGUUUUCAAAUCCGCUGCAGGUCCCUGCAUCUAGUGGCUUUUCAUGGGCACCUCAAAAAGAGAAUGCAGCAUUCUUGAGAUCGUAUAGCAGAUCUGGUUUAAGAAGCCAAACACCUGGUGCAUUAGGUCCAUCAGGUAUCCCGCAUGCAAAGUAUAUUUUGGACUCAGGAAGGCAACAGGGUAAACAUAAUCUAUGUGGGGUACGCACCAAUUGUAAAGGUCAUGAUUCUUAUGAGGUUGCCAAGGAUGGAAUGCGGAAGAACCGCUCACGCUAUGACAGGCCAGAUUCUUUUGAUGUGUCUGAGGAGUACCACUCUCAGGAAUUAUCAGCUGCACUUUAUCAAAGGAACGGGAUGGCUGCUUUGAGAAAUAAUCUGGUUGAUAAAGAGAACGAAGAUAGGGUUGAGUUUUCCGGACCGAUGUUAUCAGGGUCACAAAGAAUUGACGAAUUCUUACAAAGGCAUGAAAAUCAUAUUCGUAAAGCAGUUCGCAGAACAACACAGUUGCAAAGAGACCCUGCCAAAACAAUGCCGAAGAUGAAUCAAAUUACUCUCCAAAGCUAUUGAUAGUACAGCAGUGUAUGCACAGGCAUGAGUUGCAGCAGAGUCGAAGAUUAAUGAUGUGAGAGAACUGGGAGUGCGAGAUCCACGGCACCAUGGAGGUUCCUAUACAUUCUUCAAGGGACAUCACAAAGAUUGCUCUUGCCCGCACAUCUCCUUCCCUAAAGUUUUGGCACCGAACUUUUUGCUCCUAUACAUUGUAAACAUCACUCUCUAACCCAAAAUAGAAUCGCCAUACUUACUCUCUAAAUAUUACACUUGUACCUACGCAUUGCUUUCUAUAUAUAUUGUACUACAUAUGGUACGAUUAUAUAAGUGGUGGUAAGUAUAAGUGUAAGGUUUAUAUAGCACAAUUAAACCCCAAAGAAAGGGGGGAAGGUACAAAUUCAUACAAUGUACUGCCCUUUGAAGUCAUUGCCAUGAAAAUAAAUGGUGGAGCAGUUAAAAGAUAAUCCCGUAAUUGCAAAUGAUGUGGAAAAACACACAUGGGUUUACUCCUAUGGUCCUAUUCCAGUGGGUCCUGUAUAAUGGAAUCAUGAACAUUAUGUGGUUUUCAGGGCAAAUAGAUGAAUCAGUGGUGCAUUGUUACUGUCACGUUCUUUCAUA